UAUAAACUUCAACAUGAGGUCUUUUUGUUGUUGUUGUUACAUUGUCGACACUGCUCAGAGUUUCCCUUCAGUUCUAGAAAUUUUCUAACUCUCCAAAGCUUUUUAAAUUUUAAUUCUUAUUGAGAUAAAUAAAAGUUACCAUUUUCCAUUGGUAGUAAUACGUCAAACAUAUUCAACCAUAACAUAUUCCUAACCCUAGGCUAACGCUCUUUUUUUGGAACACAAUUACUUUCUUUUAUUUGCCAUUUGUUUUAUGUAUAUUGUGGUUUCUACUUUCCGGUAAAGCCGGCAACGUUGUGCGUGCAUUUCUGAGCUUCUUUUGGAUAGGCGAAUUAAAUUUGUUAAAUAGUUUCAUUGUUAGCCCAUCACAGGGAACAAAAAUGGUUCAGUUGUUACGUGUAGAGAUAGAAAAUUUUAAGUCAUACAGAGAUUCAGUCUCUGUAGGACCAUUUAAAAAUUUCAUUAGCAUUGUUGGGCCAAAUGGCUGUGGGAAGUCAAACUUGAUGGAUGCAAUCAGUUUUGUGCUUUGUGCCAAAACUACCAGUUUGAGAGUGCGAAGGCUUUGCGACUUGAUUUAUGGGGGUGAAGGUUCAGAUCUGGAGAGUGGUUCCGUGAGUGGAGUGUUUACUGGCGAAGACUUCCAGGUGAGGAAGUUUACGCGCACGGUGAAGAGGGAGUCUGCAAACUACAAGAUAGAUGAUAAGACAGUGUCGUAUAAAGAGUAUUUGGAUGAACUGAAGAAUAUUGGGAUUGAUAGUAAAAGGCAGAAUUUUCUUGUUUUUCAAGGAAACAUAAACUCAGUAGCUUUGAAGACGCCAAAAGAGCUGACAGUGUUGCUUGAAGAGUUGUCUGGGUCCUAUGAAUACAAGGAACAGUACGAACAGUUAUCUGACGCAGUUGCGGCCGUGAAGAAUGCCAUGUUGAUAGCAAUAAACGAGAAGAAAGUCAUUAUGAGACAGUACAAGGCUGUUGAGAAGCAAGUGGCUGAGAUAAACACAUUCAAAAAGAUGGGAAAGGAGCUGGCGGGGAAGCGGUUGGAACUGCAGCUGUUCCAGCUGUACUACUGCGAGCAGGCGAUCGGCUCCCUGGGCGCGGAGCGGGAGGAGUGCACGACGGAGCUGGGCGCCCUGGAGGAGCGCUCCAAGGCCAGCGAGGAGAGGCUCAAGGCCUUGAGGAAGGAGGCAGGCGUGGCGGGCCGGGAGCUUGCACGCAUUGAGCAGGAAGCUCGCGAGAUGGAGGUGGACGUGAACAAGAAGAGGCUGAGGUGCGUGAAGACCAAGGAGCAGGAGAGCCACCUGGCGAGGAAGCUGGAGUGCGCCCGCCGGUCGCUGGUGCAGGCACGCAAGGCCGAGGAGGCCCGGGCCGGGGCGGUGGAGGAGUACACGACAGAGCUGGCCGAGAUGGAGCGGCGGUGGCGGGACUACGAGAGGCAGGCGGCCGAGGAGCACGCUGGCCUCGACAUCAGUCUACGGGAGUCGCAGGUGCUGGAGUACGAGCGUCUGAAGCAGGAGGCUGUGAGGAGGUCGUCAGCGUUGCUGCAGCAGCUUGACAAGCUGGAGAGGAAGCAGAAACUGAGGCGAGAUCUACUGGACAACGAGAGCCGCAAGAAAAAGCAAGCGCAGGACACCAUCAAGUGGAGGAGUCAAGAGAUGGACAAGUUGAACGGCCGGCUGGAGAAGCUGUCAGAGUUCAUCUUAUCAGUGGAGGAGAUCCUGGCAAGGCACAGGGCAGAGCAAGCCCGCCUGCAGCAGUUAGUCGGGACGUCGAAAGAACGGUUGGUCGCACUGCAUGAAGAGUUAGAGAAAGUGAUGGAAGACCUGGGCGAUGCCAAGAGUGACUCUAGCGAGACCCAGCGCAGCCGAGCCAGACUCAGUACUCUUGAGAAUUUGAAAAAGCAGUUUUAUGGCGUGUAUGGACGCUUGUACGAGGUGUGCAAACCCAUCAGCCAGAAGUACAAUGUGGCCACCACGAAGGCGAUGGGCAGUUACAUGGAUGCCAUCGUGGUGGACAGUGACGUCACCGCUCGGGAGUGUGUCAUGUUCCUGAAGCGUCACAUGAGCGAGCGGGAAACCUUCCUGCCCCUCAACAGCCUUCAGCUGAAGCCGCUCAAGAGCCACCUCAGGAACAUAACAGAGCCAGGCAACGUCAAACUGCUGUUUGAUGUGCUGAAUUUCUCUCCGCCAGAAGUGGAGACCGCGGUGUGGUUUGCCACGGCUAAUGUGUUGGUCUGCCAGACAUCAGAAGAUGCUGAGUACGUGGCAUAUAACAUGGAGAGCAGAACUCAUUACGAUGUAGUUUCCUUGGAUGGUACAUACUACAAGAAAAAUGGUCUUAUCUCCGGUGGACAAGUUGAUUUGGCACGCAAGGCAAAGCGUUGGGAUGAAAAAGCAUUUAAUGAAUUAAAGGCUCGUAAGGAAACUCUACUGCAGGAGGUGAACGAAGCCAGGAGAGUUUCUCGAAGUGAGUCGGAACUUAACACUCUCUCUAUCCUCAUCAGCAGCUGUGAAGCUCGUUUGAAGAGUGCCAUCGCUGAUAAAAGUAGAAUUGUAGAACAAGAAAAAAACUUGACCAAAGAGGUUGAAACCUUAAAGACUGAAGUUAAAUCUAUAGAGGACAUCAUCACAGCCCUGACACAGCACAUGGAGGGUCGAGAAGCAGCUAUGAUCGACAUCAGGAAGAGCUUGCACGUCGUGGAGGAUGAAGUGUUCCAGGGCUUCUGUCAACAGGUCGGCAUCGAAAACAUACGCCAGUACGAAGAAACUCUGCUCAGAACACACGAAAAAACUGCUGAAAAGCGUUUGGAGUUUGAAAAUCAGAAAAGCAGAAUUUCAGCACUUCUGGAACUUGAAAAGUCCAAAGAUGUAUCUGCAAACAUGCAACGUUGGACUCAGGCCGUGUCCGAGGGCGAGAAAGCCUUGUUGGAGGCACAGCAAAGGAAUGAGAACCACAAGCGGGUGUACGAAGAGGCUCUUGCCAAACUUGAUGCUCUCAAAGCAUUGCAGAGCACAAAGCAGGCUGAAAUAAAGACAAAGGAAAAUGAAAUUCGAAAGAUUCGACAUGAGAAUGCAGAUAUUAUUCGUGACAAAACAGUUGUGCAGAAAAAAUUGAUUGUUUUGGAAUCAAAAAUUGAACAGCAAAAAGUUGAGAGAAGGAAGAUUUUUAAGAACUCAAAGGUUGAUGGUAUUGCUUUGCCCUUGACAGAAGGGAACAUGGAUGACAUUUUUCACGAUACAUCACUGGACACAUCUACCGGAGAGUCUUCAAGAAGUACCCGGCCUUCUGAAGGAUUUGAAAGCAUCACCAUUGACUAUUCAAUGUUGAGGCAGGGGUUGAAAGAAAUAACUAAUCCAAAAGAGAUCAAGGAAACUGUCAAUAUAUUUGAGAAGGAUAUUUUGGAAAGAGAAGCAGCCAUUGCAGAACUGGUCACUCCUAACCUUAAGGCAGGUGAACAACAGGAGAGGUUGCGGUCCAAGAUACUGGAGACCAAUAAGGCAUACAAGGAUGCUCAAGUGGCUUACCAAGAGACUAACAAGAGGUUCAUGGAGGUCCAGUGCAAGAGACGCUCCAUGUUCAUGAAGUGUUAUGAGCACGUCAGCAAAGCACUUGACGACAUCUACAAGGACAUCACGGGCUCGCUGGCCGGAGUGGCCAUGUUGACGCUGGAGGACGACUGCGACCCCUACAGCGGCGGCACACAGCUGUGCUGCAUCGUGCCGGGCAAGUCCUGCCUGCCCCUGGCCAACCUGUCGGGGGGUGAGCAGACCAUCCUGGGCCUGGCCCUCAUCUACGCCUUCUUCAGUUACAACCCUUCACCACUGCUGAUCCUGGAUGAAAUAGAUGUGGCGCUGGACAACGUGAGUGUUCACAGAAUCAUCAGGUACCUGAAGAAGAGGUCAGACACAAUACAGACAGUGUUCAUAUCGCACAAGGAAGAGCUGUACGGCACGGCACAGGUUCUGCUUGGUGUGAACCCUAAGAUUGAAGAUGAUGUACUCUGUAGUCAAAUGUUGACCCUUAAUCUUGAAGAAUAUCCAGAGAAACUAUAAAGAAUUUACCAUGUGUUUCUUUUGCUUUUUAAAGACUUAAGUCAUACUAUUACCUUUACUUGAUUUAGCCCAUUUAUCUUUUGUAAUGAUAUUGUUUGCAACUUACAUGCAUUAAUUUAUAUAAGAGAAUAUGUUGGGACUAUCUCUAAACAGUAAAAUGCUUAUGCUUUAAAAAGAAAAUGUAGAUUAUAUUGGUACAUUUUAUGUUAAAAAAGAAACAAUUUGGUUUGUCACAAAGUGUUCUUGAACUAAGCUGAAUGCAGAGAUUUGUGCAGUUUUUCUGUUCUUUGUAUUUUUUAUUUAAUUCAAUUCAUUGCACUUUCGAAUGGAAUAAUUUAAUAAUCCUUUUGUAGAGCAUUGCUAAAAGCAAACGACAUUGGUUAAUAUGAAUGAGUGUGUGUUUGUAUGUGUUAGAAAAAUUAAUUGGCAUAAACAUAAAACCAAAUAUUACAA